AUAAUGUAAUUCAUUCAAAGUGUUCUAAAGAUCUAUUGGAAUGAAUGGUUAACCAUAAGGGUUUUUGAGUCGAAGAAAAUAUGAUUGUUUGUGAUACAUGAUGAGAAGCAUAUGCACAAAUUCUAAAGUUGUUUUGUUGAAAAGUGCAUACUCAUCGAGGGAUGGGCAACAUUCAGUUGAACACAUGAUUUGAAAGAGGUCCUUAGGGGUCUAUAUCAGAUGAUACCAGUAUGACUAUAGUCACAUAAUGUUGUAGAGUACAUGAAAGGUUACUUAACAGUAAACAGAGAAAGGUAGACGCAUGAUGAUAAAAAGGAUUUCAAAUGUUCAAAUUGUUCAUGACUGUGGAGAUGAAACACCUACUGAACUAUGCCUUUUUGCAUUAAAAACACCAAAGUUGAAAUUCAUGCCUUCGGCCAGAGGGUAGUUUUAGAAAGCAAAGGUAGAGUUGAAAGUGGUGUGAAUAAUGUCAAAUAGUUACAGUUACUGUGGUACUUCUGUGGUUGGGAAUGGGCAUCAGAUGAACCCACAGGAGAGAAAAAAACGAAGGUUUAUCUUGUCACAUGAUCAAUUGCCUGGAGGCCCAAUACUUUUUUAUUUUUUUCAUCCGCUACCACGGGAUCUUUAACUGAGGGCAAGCAUUGUGCAAACAUAUGGACAUCUUUGUUCUCUGGGUUCUUAAAAGACACAGGGCGGGUAUUUUUAUCACUUGUCCCCAGAAAUGUUAGUUUAUCAUUUCUGGGAAGAACGGUUGAAUUUACUGGAGGCCUGCAGCCCACUGUCAAUGCUAUCUGUAAUUGUGCUGAAUGGGUUGGAAAUUACGAAGUGGGCCUUGAAUUUUUAUUUUAUUUUUAAAUGGGAAAGACAAAGACCAUGACAUUGAAUUAGUUACAUCUCUGCGUCUUAUUGGAACUUAUUGACCACAACAUUGCUGUGAACAGGUGUACAAAUCAAUUUUUAGGGAGAAGGCAGAAGAUUACAGCGGCGUGAAAGAUGGGGGCUCUGGUGCUGGUUCUGGGUCUGGUUUGUUUUGUGACAAGGCCCGAUUCUACGGAGGCCCAGUUUCCUCGAGUCUGCAGCACGGUGGAGGGGAUCGUCUCAAAGCAGUGCUGCCCUGCUCUCGGCUCUGAUCCUGCUAAUGUGUGUGGAACUUUAUCUGGACGAGGAAACUGCUCCGACAUCAGAGUCAGUACCAAACCCUGGGGCGGACCAUAUCGAAUGAGAAACCGAGAUGACCGUGAAAGGUGGCCAACAAAAUUUUUUAAUCAAACUUGCAGGUGCUUCGGUAACUUUGGUGGCUUCGACUGUGGCCAGUGUAAGUUUGGCUGGGCAGGACCAAGCUGUGACUUACGUAAAGUCCCGGUGGUGAGGAAGAACAUCCACUCUCUGACUCCAGCUGAGCUUCAGGAGUUUCUGGAUGUGUUGGACCGGGCCAAGAACACCACCCACCCAGACUAUGUCAUCGCCACACAGCACUGGCUGGGCCUGCUGGGGCCCAAUGGAACCCAGCCCCAGUUCUCCAAUAUUUCCAUCUACGACUUCUUUACAUGGCAGCAUUACUACUCUGUCAGAGAAACGCUGCUUGGACCUGGACGUCUUUUCAAACAGAUUGAUUUCUCCCACAAAGGACCUGCCUUUAUAACCUGGCACAGGUACCACCUACUCAGUCUGGAGAGAGACCUGCAGGUAAGAGUGAGGAGGUCAUUUCUGUGUGGCCUUAUUUUUCUCACGAGUAUGUACGUUAAUGGGAAAUGUCUACAGAAUGUGUAUAGCAGAAUGACCUCUCUUCUGCAGAGACUGACUGGCAAUGAGAACUUUGCUGUUCCAUACUGGAACUUUGCCACAGGGCAGACUGAGUGUGACGUCUGUACAGACUCUCUCCUGGGGGGGCGCAACCCAGACAACCCCUCCCUCAUCAGUAACCAGUCCAGGUUCUCCAAUUGGGGAGUGGUGUGUAACAGCAUGGAUGAAUAUAACCGCCUGGUCACUUUGUGUAAUGGGACCAGUGAGGGACAUAUAAGGAGAGGACAGGUAGGGAGGAGCAACAUGAGUCUUCCCACAAUGAAUGACGUCAGGAGCUGUCUCAGACUCAGAGACUUUGACAGUUCUCCCUACUACACUAACUCUACCUUCAGCUUCAGGAAUUCUCUUGAAGGCUAUGACAAGCCAGAUGGCGAGGCAGAGCUUGACUCCUCAGUGGACAAUCUGCACAACCUGGUCCACUCCUUCCUCAAUGGAACCAGUGCUCUGUCUCACUCUGCAGCCAAUGACCCCAUCUUUCUAGUUCUCCAUGCUUUCACUGAUGCCAUUUUUGAUGAGUGGAUGAGGAAGUCUGUUCCCCCAAACUCCAGUUUCCCCGAUGAGAUGGCCCCCAUUGGUCACAACAGAGAUUACAACAUGGUGCCAUUCUUCCCUCCUGUGACCAAUGAAGAGAUUUACGUUGCGUCUGACCAGCUGGGAUAUUCUUAUGCCAUCGCACUGGAUGAGAAUGACGGUAAUCCUGUAUUUGUCGUGAGAGCUACUUUGACAGGCAUUUUCGUGGGCCUACUGGCGUUGCUCAUGGUAGUCGUGGUUUAUAUGCUGCACAGGCGAAGAAAGCAUGGCUUUGAACCCUUAAUACAAUACAAUAGGAAGUACAUAGACAACUCUUGAACUUUUCUUGAGCUAAAGUCUAACAGUAACUGAACGAAAGCCUACGGUUUUUCUGAUUAAGCUUGUAUGCAAUGUUCAUAUUAACGUAAUACACAGUCAUGGGAUCAAUUGAAACAUACUGUAAACUCAAGAUAAGUACUUAUUUCAUCAACGUAAAAUCCUGAGGGUAGAAUGUUUGAGACCUGUAAUAUUUAUAUUCAGCCAAUCAGAACAACACAAGGAAUGAACCCAUACAGAAUAAUGAACACUUACUGAAUAUUUAUUCAUUUAUUGAGAGCCCAUUUUCAGUUCCUGUUCUGUAAAUGUUUGAUUCUAUGGUCUUGGACAAAAAUGUAGUUUACGAGAAUAAAUAUUUGUACACCCUUUGA